GCCGCUUCCGCCCGUGGCAGCAUGGCGGUGCCCGGGGACCCGCCGCCGCUCCCCCCGGCGCUGCCCGCCGCCGCCGUCCCUUCCUUCGCCGUGGCCCGCGGGCUGGUGGGGCGGCGUUACUCCUGCCUGGUGGUGGCGCCUCACCGGCGGCACGUCGCCCUGGCGCCGCGCUACCUGGGCCGCAAGCGCACCGGCAUCCGCGCCCAGCUGGACGCCGAGCUCCUGCGCUACUCGGAAAGCCUCCAGGGUGUGCCGGUGGCCUACGACAACAUCAAGGUGGUGGGCGAGCUCGGGGACAUUUACGACGACCAAGGGUUCAUCCACCUGAACAUCGAGGCGGACUUCGUCAUCUUCAGCCCCAAAAAAGGGAAAAAGCUGGUGGGUAUAAUUAAUAAAGUGGCCCCCAGUCAUAUUGGCUGUCUGAUACAUGGAUGCUUCAAUGCUUCGAUCCCGAAACCUGAACAGAUGUCAAUUGUACAGUGGCAGGAGCUGGGGUUAAAAAUAGGGGAUGAACUGAAAUUUCAAGUGUUGCACUUGGAUUCUGACGCAGCUGGGGUGUUCUUCAUUCGAGGAGGACUCACUAAGAGCAGCAUGCGGCCCAAACAGCCUGUGACAGUUACUGACAGUACAAAUGGAGAUGAAAUUCAAAAGCUUGACCACCAAGAAAAUGGCUUGAACGACUCUGGGGGGCUCAAUGUCACAGGGGAGCCUCUAGGUGAGACGGAUAACGCUGGAAUGGAAAAUGCAGAAGAGCAAACUGUUGAUGCUGUUAAUGGUUUAUGUGAUGAUAAAAGCAAGAAGAAGAAGAAGAAGAAAAAGGAUAAGCAAGAAGAACAGGAACAUGUACUGCCUAACAGUGACUCCAGUGGUUACCAAAGUGACCAUAAAAAGUCAAAGAAAAAGAAAAGAAAGCAUUGUGAGGAAGGCGAAGAAAUGGAACUAUCUCAGCUGUCCCAAGAACCCAAAGCUAAAAAGAAAAGGGACAAAGUCUGAAGUGCCUUUCCUGAAUAAGAUUUCAGACGGUUUUGCUAUGCUUCCAAUAAAAUCCUGUUUUCAAAAUGUA